UAGGUUGUUUUAACGUCCCUUAAACAAAGUAAAGUCUAAUUCUGUGGUUUGUAUUGAUAACAAAAAGCUGCCUAUGAUUGAAAAUGCAUUCUGUGGGCGGAGCCUCGUCUGGCUAAGCUCGGUCACGUGCUCGUCUAACUUUAGGAGAUUUAAUUCAUUAAAUUUUACCACGAUAACGGUAAAGUCUGAUUUAUUUUUUUUCCGUACACUUAAUUGGUCAGGCGGCGUUGAAUACAUUAUCCUGUAAUUUGCAUAUUUUAGGGGCGGAGCGAUCUAUAAGCGUUAUGUGUGAACUGGCAUCAUUGCGCGGCGCGCGUGCUCUGGUCUCGAUGCUGGCUGCGCGCGCACGCACUGGAGAGUCUCUCAUCCUGCCGGGUGGAACCGCAGACCGUCUGCUGAAGGGUUAUGGAUGCGAGGCGCUUGUCUGGUGAUGAAACGAUGGAGGCCGGUGGAGGAGACGAGCAGGGAGAGGCUCACAGAGCCAAGACCGAGUGCCUGAGACUGACUGAAGAGAGAGAUGCAGCCGAAAGACAGCUUAAGCACAUAAAGAGAGUUUCCCAAAUGGUAAUUGAGGAGGUGAAUGUGCUGCAGACUCAGCUUGAAAUUGAGAAGUCCUGUCGGGAAAAUGCUGAAGCACUGGCCACCAAGCUGAACUGUGAGAACAAGAAGCUUAAGUAUUUAAGCCUGUCAUCUCGACCGUGUCUGGAUGAGCUCCUGCCCAGCAUAUCAGACUGCAUCUCUCUAGAGGAGGAAAGCGAACCCCAGGAGCACAGCCCGGACCCCUACACCCAGUACCAGCAGCAGGUCAAAGAUCUUCAGGAAACAGUCAGCACUUUACUUGAGGAAAAAAAGCAGUUAGCCUGUCAGUUACAGGAGCGGCAAAGACAAAUCGAGGAGCUGACAGCGCUUACUGAAAAAGAGCAAGCAGAGAUGAAGGAGCUUUAUAAGACCACUGAACAGCAAAGCAAGACCAUCAAGAGAUUCAACAGAGUGUCCAUGAUGGCUGCUAACGAAUAUGAAGGACUGAAGGAACAGUUGGAUCUGGAACAGAGCCUGAGGCAGAAGGCAGAGACCUAUGCACAUGAAAUGUUGGUGAAGCAAAAAGAAGCUAACAGGCAGAGUAUGAUUCUCCUGGAGCAGGCAGACCCCAGUGUUCAGCUGCUCAAAGCACUAGAGGAUGUAGCAAAUAUAACCAAAACCCUGGAGCAGGAACGACUGCAACACCAAGAAAAGGUGAAGGCUUUGGAGGUUGAACUGGACAAGAGUGCCUUGCGAAAGCAGCUAGAAGAGCUGCAGAAGCAGCUAGAGUUACUGGAUGAGGAGAAAAAGGACACAGAAGAACGUCUCCAGCAGGAGGUGAAAAAGUGUGCUGACUUGGAGAGAAGAGUGAAAGAGCUGCAGGAGUCUCAGAGGAAAACUGAAUCAGCUCCAGCUCCAUCUCCUGGGACUGCACCUCCCCCUGCUCCUCCUCCUCAGCCCCCUCCACCUCCACCUCCCCCUCCUCCCCCUCCUCCUCCACCACCUCCCUCCCGCUGCAACCCCCUCAGCUCCCUCAUUGCAAUCAUGAGGAAAUCGUCUAAGUCUGGAAAAGGCUCUCCAAAAUUAGAGCAGGCUCCAGUGCCAGAAGCUGCAGAUGAUGUCAAAGUAAAGGCUGUGAAUGAAAUGAUGGAACGGAUCAAACAUGGGGUGGUUCUCAGACCUGUUAAAGGACAGGAUACAAAGAGAUUUGUUGCAAAGCCAAGUCCAGCUAGUGAAGAGAAACACCAGGAGAGUGCUAUGGAGGAACUAAAAGGCAUCCUGGAUGCAGUGAAAAAGAGUCCAAGUCGUGGCUUACAGGAAACAUCACCUCUUAAGAAGGACAGUGAACUGGAAGUGAUUCUCAGGAGGAGACGCAAACAGGCCUGUGAACCAUCUUCAUCUGAUGAUGUAGAAGGUCAGAUCAGCAAAGUGUCUUCGUUUGAUAGUCUGAAUGGCCGGCACAGUUCAGACUCAGGAAAAGACACAGACAGGCCAAGCAGCAGCUCUCUCUCAGGGAGUGAUUCCAGCCCCAGGAGCAGUUCCGAUUUGGGCACUGUACCAAAUCUUAGCAAGCAAACUGCUGCUGUUCGUACAUCUCUCUCAGAGAAUGAGCCCUCUGAACUGGUCAUCGGUGGCUCUUCUGCACGAGAGCUUAAGGAUGAAGAGCAGGAGAAAAGUAAACAGCACAGUGGCCUUAGCCACCCAGCGCAGCAUGAGGACCCACAGGUGACCAUCAGCUCCUCAGCAGACAAUACCAACGCAGCAAACAGCAGCAUGGAUGCUGAGUGUUAACAGCACUGAACGGCACUAGCAGGAGCAACAUUUGCACAGAAUCUUGUUUUGUUUUGUUUUUUUUUCCCCAGGUUUUUUAUUCCAAAGUCCAGAUAUGUUCUUCAGUUCUAGUUAAUUUCUGUCCACUUAUGGAAUGCAUCAAUAUUUACCCUUUCAUUACAAUUGUAUUUUGAGACAUAACCAGGAAUAGGCUUAUUUCCUGUUCUGACAAUUUCAUUUGAUAUUAUUGUAAUUAUAUUUGCAACCUAGGAACAGCCACAAUGAGUACAAUGAACAAUUUUUUUUAAAAAACAACAUAUGAAAUGCAUUCCUAAGCAAUUUCAUUUCAUAGGGAACAUUAAUUUUCCUGAAUUGUUGUUCCAUCUACAUCAGUAGAGUGUUUGGGGACAUUUAAGUGAUUUUAAUGCUUUAUUAUGAGUUGAAAUUGAUCUUAUUUUUGGUUACACAACAAAAUCCUCUUCAUUCCCCAAAACCAGUUUAAUUAGUGCUGCACAAUAUAAAAUAAUCCCAAAAUAAUAUUGUGAUUUUGACUGUAAUGAUAUUUGUCCUGAUAAACACUACACAGUGAAAAAAAACAUAAAACCAUCUGUGACCAUAACUGGUUUCUCAGGCUUUCACAGGCUUUAUCAUGAACAACAACAGUGCUAUAUUUAAAAAGUGAACAGGAAAGAUCAUUGUUUACAAUGCACUAAAUUCUGAACCAGUCUGAGAACAAUACUGCACAUCAAGACACUUUUGUUUUCCUUUCUGAGGUUCUCUCUGUGAACUACCCUCUUGAGAUGCAAACAUAAGCCAUUUAAGAGCUCACUCUGAUGUGGUUAAGCAUGAAGGAGAAAAGUGAAGGUCUAUUCACUCUACCUCCUAUAGGACAAACUCACCUCCUAGCUAUCUUUAAUUGUACAGCUUCUCUACAUCACAAAACGCAAACACCCUCAAGGACCGAAGUGGUUUCCUCUUAUGUCUUCCACCUGUGCCAUCCAACUUUUUGCACUGUAAUGGACGUACUGUUAAAAGGGUACUGUAUUUGAAUAGUUAUGCUUUAAUACAGUUUAAAGGUAGAGCUAGGUGUGCUGAGGUUUGUAGCCUCCACAGACAAUGCAGUAACAUCUGCAAAUUGUAUUGGUGUGCACUGGACCUAAUGCACCUUGAGUCACUUUUUUCCAUCAGAGGCACUGUGGUUUAGUCUGUGACCCAUCCUCAAGAUAUUAAUCCUUGAAAAUUGUUACUGUAUCAUGUGUAAAAUAAUUUGCCUGUGGGACUUUUGUCUUUGUUUCUACACCCUUUGAAAACUAACCUUAAUAUAUAUUGCAGAGUAAAACAUUGCUCUCAAACAAUUUUAGGUUACAUUCUUCUGGAUAAAUGAACUGACCUAUUAAUUAGUCAGUACCUUUGGAAUGUUUAUUGGCCUUAUUGUGAACGCCAUUUGUUCCUCUUCAGCCUUAUUGGUUUAACUUUGUAGGAUACAAGGAAUUUAGAUUAUCUGACUGUUGUGAUUAUAUAACGUGUGUGUGCGUGUGUGUAUUUUUAAAGCGAGUGCACCUUUUCAUCUGAAACUGUCAUUCUGCACUGUAACAUUUAAACAAGACUGAAUAAAAA